AUUGGUGCGGUUUGGGGUGUGAUCGAAAAAAUAAAGACAGUCGGCCGGCUGCUCGAAUGGAUCAGUUUAAAUUUUGCUAUCCAUGAGGGAAGCUCCAAGCUUGGGAGCGCGUGCGUUUUUAAUUACUUUCAUAAUUUGUUAAAAAAAAGUUUUCAUUAGUUUUGUUGUUGUACGUGCAGUGUUUUACCAAGUGUGUGUAUUUACGGCACCAUAUUAAAGAAAGAAUUGUACAAAACACGUGACUGCCCUUACAAAAGCAAGUGUUGGUGCAACCAGAACGCAGAGAUGAGCUUGGCAGUGUCUAGGGUGCGGCCACUGUUCCGAUGGUUGCUCCCAAUGUUGCUGCUCGCUAACGCUGCGCUAGAGGUGCACGGACAUGGCCGCAUGAUGGAACCGCCGGCACGCAAUGCGAUGUGGCGCUUCGGUUUUCCAAAUCCGGUCAACUACAACGAUAACGAGCUGUUUUGCGGUGGGUACGCGGUACAGUGGGAACAGAACCAGGGCAGCUGUGGCGUUUGUGGCGAUGCGUACAACUUACGGUCGCCCCGACCGCAUGAGGCGGGCGGCGAGUAUGGUAAGGGUAUCGUGUCGCGUCGGUACGUAGCCGGACAGGAGGUUGAGGUGGAGAUCGAACUGACCGCUAAUCAUAUGGGCCGGUUCGAGCUGUACCUCUGUCCGAACAAUAAUCCGAACGCGGAAGCGACCCAAGAAUGCUUCGAUCGUUAUCCGUUGUAUCUUAGCGGUACACGGGAGGUUCGGUUCUUCAUUCCACCGGACUCGAAGAAAAAGGACGUGUUUCGGUAUCGUGUGCAGCUGCCGUUAUAUGUUAGCUGCACGCAAUGCGUACUGCAGUGGACGUACUUUACCGGUAAUAUGUGGGGAAGGUGUGACAACGGUACCGAGUCCGUUGGAUGCGGUAGACCAGAAACGUUCCGGAACUGUGCGGACAUCAGCAUCGUGUCGAAUACUGGUGGCCGGCCACCACUAUUCGUAGGCAAUAAUAACCCAUUCCUGCUGUACUACCGAGAUUUCCGCGACCCCAAGCCGGACAAUGUUUAUCCACUCAUCAUCCGGGAUCAGGUGUGUCUACCCACUGCGACCUACCGCAGCUUUAUCGGAAUGGAAGAUUGGUGCCAGAACAACUGCCUACGCUAUCCACCCAACUGUCCGGAAACGGUGUGCCACUGCCCACAAACGUGCGAAGCGAUCGGUGAGCUGCGAGGCCGCGAGGGAGCCGACGUAUACUGUCUGGACCAGUGUCUCAACUUCAAGUCCAACUGCCCAGCCGACAGAUGUCGUUGCUACUGAAUGCGCCAUUGCAGAAAUGCGUGCGUGUGUGUGUGCGUGUAUUUGAUUGUGUGGAGUAUGUGUGCCGUAUUGCGUCGAAUGAACGAGAACUAUCAGGACGAACUGAAGGACGAAUCUAGAACUGCAAUGUCCGUACUGGACGAAAGGUGAAAGAGACGUGCUUCAACACUCUGUUUUGUUUUGUGUAUGUGUAUGUGUGCGUGUAUAUGUAGAAGGUCGUCAGUUUUUUUUGGGAUGUUGCGGCAUUCGGUAAGGAGUCGUCACUUUCGCCCUCGGCACUGUCGUGAAAGCGAGAUAGAAAGCAAACGUCUUCAACUCAUAACUCAAGGAAAAUUAGGACUUGCGUCUAACCGUACAGCAAUACGAGUCAUCAUUUGUUUGCCCACUUCUUGCCGCUAUUUCUGCAGGGCAAUUACUUACAUUAUCACAUUGGGGAAGAAAAAAACACCGAUUUAAAGAGGAGAAGCAGCUAUUGGUUGCCAACCGUCUAACCGUCGUUUAAGACACCUUGCAGAGACCGUGCAGAGUUCAAAGAGGAUGGGGGAAAAAGAUCUUACGGAAUGUCUUGUAACAGUUGAACUGUACGAUAGAAAUAAAACAAUAAGUUAAUCCUGUACCGA